AUGCAACGACAAAACAUUCUCAGUUCACAAUCAUUGUCAUCAAAUAACAAUAAUAAUCCAUCCCAAGAUAAUGUUUAUUCACAACAACAGCAACAGCAAAGACCUCUAGUGCAAAGAAGCAAUUCUACAUCUGCAUUGAGAUAUUCGCCUCCUGUUCCACAAUUAAUACGAAUGAAUUCUUUAAAUUUUCGUGAUAGCUCUAGCGGAGGUGGAAAUAUGUCCUCUUCAAGCAGUAAUAGAGGGAUGGUGAUAGAUCAACAUCCACAUCAGCGUGGUGCUGGUUAUAGUGGUGCCACUGAGGUCGUGCUACUGGAUUUAAUGGGUGGCAAUGUUAGAAUGAUGAUUGAUGGACGAGGGGGUUACUUGCAUCAACAACAUCUUCAAAGUAAUAACAGUCCAGUCUCUACACCAAGGCAGGAUUUCAGUUCAAGUCCUUUUGGCUCUUUAAAUAACGCUGAGAAAAUCCGACAAGAAGAAGAAACUUUAAGGCAACAUGCUGAGUUUCAUUUACGUCAAUCAGAACUUCAAUGUUGGACCACUUUUGUUCCGGUCCCUAGUCGAUAUAAUGGAUACUUGAUACCCGUGAUUCCCGAUUUUUCCCCAUACUAA